UCGCGAGCAGUAUUGUUUGGGCCACAGGCUUGAGAAGAAUUCCGAAUCAUUCGUUCCUUCGAGGGAAGUUGCUUUGUAUUUGGCCAGCUAUUAGUUGAUAGUGUCGCUGAACGUCUGGAACAAAACAAAGCAAACCAUCAUCAUGGUUAUGCGAAGUGCACCACUGAUGGGAUGGAAGAACGUCAGCACCGGUUCCGAUGCUGAGAAGCACAUGCCAAUCACGCGAAUAUGCGUCCAGGUGCAGCAAGGCUCGGUGUACGGCGUGCGCGACAAACUGCCGAACGGGCAGAGCUACUACUACUUCAAGGGUGUGCCGUACGCGAAAGCGCCCGUCGGCGCGCUGCGCUUCAAGUCGCCGGCCCCGCUGGAGAAGUUCGCCGUCUCCUAUCUGGACUGCACCCGGGAGCGCAGCAACUGUCUCGGGCUGGACGUGCUGACGAAGGAGAUCAGCGGCUCGGAGGACGGCCUGUUCCUGAACAUCUACACACCGAAGCUGGGCAAGCGGGACGACCCGGAACCGCUGCCGGUGAUGGUGUUCAUCCACGGCGGCGGGCUGAUCGGUGGCCACGGCGACAGCUCGCUCUAUCUGCCCAACUAUCUCGUCCAGGAGGGCGUGAUUGUGGUCACGCUCAACUAUCGGCUCGGUGUGCUCGGGUUCCUGUGCCUGCCGGACGCCGGAAUCGAGGGCAAUGCGGGUUUGAAGGAUCAGCGGGCGGCGCUACGCUGGAUUUCCGAGAACAUUGGCGUGUUUGGCGGUGACGCGUCCAACGUGACGCUGUUCGGGGCGAGCUCGGGCGCGAUCGCGGUCAACUUCCACUGUCUGUCGCCGGAAUCGAAGCGUUACUUUCACAAGGCCAUUCUGCAGAGCGGUUCCAUCUACACGGAGUUUGCGUUCCAGGAGCAGCCGGAAGAGAAGGCCCGCCGGCUGGCGAAGCUGCUCGGUCACAGUCCCGCCACCGACGGGGAGGUGUACGAGGUACUGCGAGCGGCACCCGCCCGGAAACUGUUCGAGCUGCAGCCGCUGGUGCUGACGGAGCGUGAGAAAGCGGUCGAGCGGCUGUUCCAGAUCCCGUUCCUCCCGGUGAUCGAGCGGUCGGACUCGCCGGACGCGCUGAUCACGCGCCAUCCGACCGAGAUCCUCAGCGAGCCCAACUCGAUGGACAUUCCGAUAAUACUGGGGUACAAUGAGCGCGACGGUAUGAUGGUGCUGAUCGACGCCAUCAAGACGCUGGCCGCAUACAACGCCGAGCCGGAACGGUUUAUACCGCGAACGGUGGCGCUCGAUUACUUCUCGCCCGAGGCACGCGCGCUGGGCGAAGAGAUCCGGGAGUUUUACUUCGGUGCGCGCCCCGUCUGCCGGGACACGCUCAACCAGCUGACGGAUGUGUUCACCGACAAGUAUCUGCUGGCGUACCGCAUGACGGUGGAGCUGUGGGCGCGCCAUCAGCGUCGGUCGAAGUUUUUCGGCUACCGGUUCGCGUUCGACGGUCUGCUGAACAAGGGCAAAGCGAUCAUGUCGCUGGGCACGAUGAAGGGCGCGGCCCACAUUGACGAGGUGUACUAUCUGUUCAGCUCGCCGCUGCUGCGCACGGAAGUGCCCGAGACGGACCGUGCGUACGGGCUGCGCAAAACGAUGGUACGGCUGUGGAGCAACUUCGCCCGGUACGGUGAUCCGACGCCGGCCCAACCGGUCCCCGAUCCGGUCGUGCCGUUCCGCUGGGAGCCGCAACCGAACGUGCCGGACAGCCAGGACGUGCCGCUGCUGUGUCUGAACAUUACGAACGACGGCAUUGCGAUGGCCGAGAUGCCCGAAAAGCGGCGGAUGAACUUUUGGGCCGGCCUGUUCGAGCGGUUCAACGGGAAGCUGGCCAACGUGAAGCUGCCACUGAUCAGCUCGGCGCACGCGGAUGCGCCCGAUCUAAACAACAACACGCUGUAGCGUAAAACCCUGCUCGGCUGAAUGCUCUGCAAAGAAUGCAGUUUUUAACGAAAGAUUGAAUGGCGCGAUGCACCUUCGAGUGAAUGAAUUGAGCGUGCGUGUGCGUGUGUGUAGCAUUUUAAUAGCGUUACAAAGCGCUUCUAAAAGCGCUUCAAUGAGAGUUUCUUUAUAGCAACAACAAAAAACUCGAUACGGUUCGAACUGCCGUGGCUGUUGUUUGGAAUCCAUUGUGCCCUUUGGUAAGAACGGCUGUUCUUCAGCAGCAUAAUAAACGAAACAAUCACCCCAAAAACCCUCAGACUUGCAGACCUGCCCAAGUUCGGUUAGAUUGGGCACGGUGUUGCUCGUCUUUUUUUCUCAAGACACACGCGCAAAAAAAAAACAAAGUUAAGGUCGGCUUGAACCUA